UAUAAAUCAUUAGAGAACGAAGAAACUAUUUCAAUCAAUCGUCUUAAAUAUUUACAAAGCAACAUUAACGACCUAAAACAUUUUAUUGAAUUUUAUAAGAUUAAGGCCACGUGUGACAAAUUAGUAUUUAGUGAUCUGGAGGAAUCUAGCACUGAUCAUAUCACUGAGAAACAAUACCUACUAACUUGUCAUCUAGACUACGAAACUCAAUCAGGAAAAUUACCAUCUUUCGAUAAUUUUUGGUUUCUGUGGAUUGUACCUAAAUAUAAUGCUAUAUCAUACACUACCUUUACUGUAGCAUAUUUUAUAAGGGCCCAAGAGAGUGAGGCUAGCUUUUUGGAAAGAGAUCACUUAUUGAAAUAUUUAUUGAGAAAAAUUGUUACUACAAUUAGAUAUAGGAACAAUAUACUAAAGGAAUCCUUUAAUAGCAUCGCUGAUAAAUUAUAUCAAAUUUGGAUAAAAACAAAACAUGAUAUCUCAGAAAAUAUGGAAAGGGAUCAAAAUGAUACUAUCAUAGCACCUUUUCAGGAAAGCAAUGAAAGUUUUCCAGGGAUGACACUGCCAGUAGCAAUGUAUGGACCACCAUCAGAAACUACCAUACCUCAACCACCAUCUAAUAUACCAUUGUAUGAAACAUCUUUCUUUGACAAUACAAAUGAACUAGAGAGAGGAGGAACUCCAAGUAGAAUACCUCGAAGAGUUACAUUUAAUACAAGUAAUGAUAGAAGAUCUCCAUUCCCUGUUAGAGUAGAAAAUGUUCAACAAUUAGUAGCCUCAAUAUUAUCCAGUAAUCAAUCGUCAAGACCAUCAAAUUUAAGGGUAACAACUCCAUCAGUAGGAAAUACAAAUAGUGGAUCAUCAUUGGGAAAUCCCUACAAUUUUUCCCAAGCAACUCAAUAUAGUCUAAAUAACUGUUGGCUUGAAAGUAACUCAAGUAACAGAAGAAAUAAUACAAUGGGACAUCAAAAUGUAACUACCAAAGGAAUCCCACAGUCAACAACAUCAGUAUCUAGCAGUCAACCGUCAAAUAAUAUAAACAUCUUUCAGCCAAUACUUAUACCUCAACCAGCUAUAGUACCAGUAGGAGAAAACAAUGAUAAUGCCUACCUCCAAGUCAUACUAGGGCUAGCAGAAUUGCUCCAAGGACAACAAAUAAGAGAAUAA